UCGCGUCCCCAGCCUGGGCCUGGGGACACGGGAGACUGGCAGUUCAGCCUUGCCCGCCGGGGAUCUGCAGAGUGGAAUGCGGGGCUGUGCUGAGGCUCUCAAGCAGAGGGCCAGGAGGAGGGAGCCCAGUAGGAAGCUGGGAGCCCCCAGCGGGCCCUUCUUGAAGAGGGGCUUCUGGAGAGGUGGCCUCAUGGCUGCUACCUGUGAGAUCAGCAACGUCUUCAGCAACUACUUCAGCACCAUGUACAGCCCCGAGGACCCCGCCCUGGCCUCUGUGCCCCCCGCCACCACCUUCGGGGCCGAUGACCUAUUGGUGUCCCUGAGCAAUCCCCAGAUGCCGCUGGAGGGCACAGAGAAGGCCAGCUGGUCUGGGGAGCAGCCCCAAUUCUGGUCGAAGGCCCAGGUUCUGGACUGGAUCAGCUACCAGGUGGAGAGGAACAAGAUCGACGCGAGCGCCAUCGACUUCUCGCGGUGUGACAUGGACGGGGCCACGCUCUGCAGCUGCGCCCCCGAGGAGCUGCGCCUGGUCUUCGGGCCUCUGGGGGACCAGCUCUACUCCCAGCUGUGGGACAUGACCUCCAGCUUCCCCGACGAGCUCACCUGGAUCAUCGACCUGCUGGAGAAGGACAGCGUGUCUUUCCAGGAGACCCUGGGCGACCCCGGCCCCGCUGACCAGGGAAGCGCCUUUGGCCAGGAGUCCAGCCCCUACCAUGCUGGCGGCUCCGACGGCUCCACCGCAGGGACGGGCAGUUCUCGGAGCCCCCGGUGCUCAGACUCCGGUGGGAGCGACCUGGACCUCGACCCCGGGGACAGCAGGCUCCUGUGCAGUGAGGGCUGUGCUGACCACAAGAAGGGGGAGCCCAAGCACGGCAAGCGGAAGCGGGGCCGGCCCCGGAAGCUGAGCAGAGAGCCGCGGGAUUGCCUGGAGGGCAGGAAGAGCAAGCACGCCCCCAGAGGCACCCACCUGUGGGAGUUCAUCCGGGACAUCCUCAUCCAGCCGGAGCUGAACGAGGGCCUGAUGAAGUGGGAAGACAGGCAGGAGGGCGUCUUCAAGUUCCUGCGCUCCGAGGCCGUGGCCCAGCUAUGGGGCCAGAAGAAGAGGAACAGCAGCAUGACCUACGAGAAGCUGAGCAGGGCCAUGCGGUACUACUACAAGCGGGACAUCCUGGAGCGGGUGGACGGCCGGCGGCUCGUCUACAAGUUCGGGAAGAACUCCAGCGGCUGGAAGGAGGAGGAGGUGGUCGGGAGUCAGGACUGAGGGUCCAGCUGGACCCGGGACAAACGCACGGACUCCGGGUGGACAGCCCCUCCUGAGAGGACUGCCGGCCAGCUCCCACUGUGCCGCGGGCGGAAGCCCAGGCUCUGGGUCUCCUCGCCACCUCCGUGUGGGACUACAAGCCGCAGUUUGAAGUGACUCAUCCGCUGCCUGUACCGCACCUGCAGCUCCUUUACCUGGUGCUUCCUCAGGCCCAGUCCGGGCGCCUGGAGGCGAAGAGGCGGGAGGCCCAGGGCACGCGGGCGAGGACGGUACGGCCACCUGCCUGUGGCCUGGCCCCCACCCCCGUCAGCGCUGGCCUCGCGGGCGGGGGCCGAGCGCUCCCUAAUUUAUGUGCUGGAACUGCAUCGGGUGUACAGAGAGAUCUAUUUUUCCUAAGAUGUCCCCUCCUGCGCCUCCCCCACCCAGUGCCGGUGGCUGGACUGGCUGCUCUCCGUCCUCCGCUGGGCCGCGGGGGGCGGGGGUGCCGGGCCCCUCAGGGUGGCCGCCCAGCUUCCUCCGAGCGGCGGCAGAGGCCGCCAAUAAAGUGCCUCCUGGGCUUUUGUAAUGUU